CAAGAGGUGGAGAUUCAGUCACAAGUAACAGAAGUUUGAGCCUGGUUCGACGCGCGUUUUCUAACUGCUUCAUCAACGGGAGAAACACAUUCACAAAAUCAUUAGCAGGUGCUUAGAGCAGCCCCCGGAAAGAACCCGGUUUUAUUCACUCUACAUUCAUCUCACACAUCACCACCACCAUGGUUUCCGCACCCCUCCACUUUUUCUCCCAUGGCUCGACAAUGAUGCUGGGCGAAGCCUCCCGCUCAGCCGACUACUGGAAAGCAUGUGGCGACGCCGCGCUCCGCAACAACGUCAAAGGCGUGAUAAUGAUGGGCGCUCACUGGGACGCGCGAGGCACAAACCGCAUCGAUGUCGCCAUGAACCCGAAGCCGGCAAAAUCCCCAGUCGCCUACGUGCACCCAAGUAAAUACGUCAACUACGAGCUCAACCCGGACCUCGCAACAGGCAAGAAGGUCAUCGCGGCGCUGCGCGAGGGCGGUCUGGAUGCUCGUCCAAACGACUCGUUCGACUGGAUCCAUGAUACGUUUCUUAUCCUCAUACGCAUGUUUCCGGGGGGAUGUCCGCCGACGACAAUCGUUAGUAUGAAUUCUAGGUUCGAUCCGCAUCUGCAUGCGCGUGUGGGUAGUCUUGUUGCGCCGUUCAGAGAGGAUGGGUAUCUCAUUAUCGGCACGGGCGGCGCGGUGCAUAACCUGUACCGCAACAACUGGAUGCAAAUGCUGCGGUACUCGGACAACUUUGCUCAGCCCUACCCACCUGACGCGCCGAUGCUGGAGUUCCGACAGAGCGUCGAGGAUGUGUUUGUGCGGAGCAGUGGGAGCGGGAGGAAGGGAGCUGUGACAAGAGGUAUCACAAGGUUGAUGAAGCAUCCUAUGUUUAGAGACGCUCAUGCCACUGAUGACCAUUACAUGGCGGCGUGUUUUAUUGCUGGGGCCAUCGAUGCGUCCGAGAAGAGCAGCGACAAGUGUGAGCUGGGCGCUGAAGACUGGGAGUUGUGCCAGAUGUGUAACAGUCAAUUCUCGUUUGGCAAGUGGGCUUGAGAAGUCAGAAAUGAAUGGCGUAGGGCGUCUGGGGUUACCUUUGUUUGUGAUAGUAACGUUUGGAUCUUACAACAGAUGGAUGGAGUUUUUUAAAUAUAUCAUAAU